AUGCAGACUUUCUUUGUAUUUUCGUCCGACGACUUCGACAUUCUAAAUGAGUGGGCCUAUUAUGAGCAAGUGUACAAGGAUUUAGGAAUAGGAAUAGACGAACGCCUAUUUGCCAUUAACGGGCCUUUUUUAAUGGACAGUCAAUUCGAAGCCAUGAAGAAAGAAGUGCGACGUGUUCGUAAAAGGAAGAAACCGGACUGUUCGGCUGUGAAAUGCAGUAAUGAAUUCGCUGCGAUUGAGAGAAUCGCAAAAGCGGUUCGUGAGACCGGCCAUCGUGUUGGGUUCUUCUCCAACCAGAGCAAUCGUGACAACAAUCGGGUUGCACGAGAUGCCGUUCGUGAACUUUUGGAAAGCAGGAUCGAAAUGCAUAAACCUCAAGCGAUUGUCACAAACGAAAUUACUAUUAUCGACGAUAAUAGGAAGUUUGUUGUUGAAGACGAGUUUUGCAUGCUGAAUUCAUGGUACAGGAACGACUCUGACUGCUGCAUUCGUUUGAAUGUUUCAAUGAGCAAUCGACUUGGUCUUCCUUCAGAAUCGGCGAAUGAGACUCCUUCGCUUUACUACGUUCCUCCGAAGGCCACAUUUCACGUCGGCUGUGUCUCCGAUGUUCGCAAUUUCACUGCAAUCAACGGUGUUGUUUAUUUCGGCUAUUCGCAAUAUGGAAACGUUCUUGUUAUUAUUUUUUGA